CUUCUGUGGUCGGGACUUAUCAUUCUCAGUUUACUGUGCAACAAACACAAACGUUUCGAAAUGGCAGCUAAGUUCGUUGUUCUCGCUUUCUUGGUAGCCGCUGCACAAGGCAGCGCUAUCCAUGGUGCCGACUACACCAGCUUCUCCUAUGGAGUUUCCGACCCUCACACCGGUGAUGUGAAGAGCCAGCACGAAACCCGUGUCGGUGACAACGUUGUCGGCCAGUACUCUCUCUUGGAGUCCGACGGCAGCCGCCGUACCGUCGACUACGCUGCUGAUGCUCACUCUGGAUUCAACGCCAUUGUACGCAAAGACCCUGCCCUCAUCGGCCACGUCGCACCUGCUGUUGUUGCCGCUCCUCUGGCCCAUGCCGCUCCCGUUGUUGCCGCUCCCUUGGCUCACGCUGCACCUCUCGCAUACGCUAGCCACGCUGCUCCCGUCGCGUACGCUGCUGCUCCCGCCGUAUCUUACUCCGCAUCCUCUACCUCAGUAGCUCAUGGAGGCGUCGCCGCUCCCUUGGCUCAUGGCGUCAUUGCCGCUCCCCUGGCUCAUGGAGCUAUCGCUGGUCCUCUCGCCCAUGGAUACGCCGCUCCCCUCGCCCAUGGAUACGGCGCUGCUCUCGCCCAUGGAUACGGUGCCUUGGGUCACGGUGCUGUCGCAUACGGCGCCCAUGGUCUCGGACACUACUAAGCAUUGAUAUAGCAAUUAAUUUAUGUACCUAUCUAAUUAAUUAUUUUGACGAUGGUUAUGAAUGAUGAAUGAUGAACUUGCUGUGAUGAAAUAAAAACUUUUUACAAGUA